AUGCGCACCACGUUAUUUUGCAUUUUGGCUGCGGCCGUUGUCAUCGCCGCCGCGGCGCGCGACGUGAUGCUCGAAAUAGAGCAUGUGCACGUCCCUGACACUUGGGUGCGCCAAUCAUCUGCCAAAGGUGACGAAACGAUCCAGUUGCAGUUCGCACUGAAAUGGAAACACCCGAACAGUAUUGAACAGGAACUAGACAAGACCAGCGAUCCUGAUAGCCCCGAGUAUCUGCAGCAUUUGUCCAAGGACCAGGUGCUCGAGAUGCUGAAACCUGCCGACAAUGCUACGGAGACCGUCAAGAACUAUCUCCAGCAAAGCGGUGUGCCCAAGAAACACAUCAAGAGCAGUGCUACUGGCGAUUGGGUCUUGGUCAAGGUCCCAGCCCGCCAUGCGAGCGCACUUCUUGGAGAUGCAAAAUUCAGUGUCUACCGACACAAGGAAAGCCAGGAAGAAAUUGUGCGCACAACGCGGUACACUCUUCCACAGGACAUUGCAGCCGUGGUAGAUUUCGUUAGUGGCAUUACCCACUUUUCCUCCCAGCGUACACAGCGAAGGCCAUCGUUCAUUGUGAACAGCGACAUUCCGGAGCCAGCAACGCACCCAGAACAAGUGCUGGCUGCGUCUGAUGCGGACACAGAGACACUUUACAUUGCAUCGGAAUCAACGUCAACGUCAACGUGCAACAUAUCGCAUGUCUCGUCCGAAUGUCUGCGCCAUCUGUACGGCACGACCGACUACACGCCGCAAGCCCCUCAAAAGACACAUGUCGGAAUCGCGGGCUUCCUCCAUGAAUAUGCCAACUAUGCAGACCUGGAUCUAUUUUUGCGUGAGCAACGUCCCGAAGCACUUGCUGGAAAAGCCACGUUUGACUACCUUACUAUCAACGGUGAACACGACAACCAAACACAAUCUGCAGCGGGCGGUGAGGCCAACUUGGAUGUCCAGGUAGUCAUCGGUAUGACGUGGCCAGUCCGCACGAGUUUCAUCUCUGUCGGAGGCUCUCCCGCUUUCCGCCCCGACAAUUUCAGUCCGAAAAAUACGAACGAACCGUACGCAGCGCUCCUUCAAUACCUACUCGAGCAGGACGCCAACUUGCCAGACGUGCUUUCCAUUUCGUACGGCGAUGACGAACAAACCGUCCCGCCCAAGUAUGCGCGCCGCGUUUGCAGCAUGUUUGCAGCACUUGGUCUGCGCGGUGUGAGUGUGUUUGUGGCGUCGGGCGACGAAGGCGUGGGCGGCAAGAAGGCGUCACACUGUCAAACAAACGAUGGCGAGCAAAAAGAAACCUUUCUGCCCAAUUUCCCUGGGUCAUGCCCCUAUGUUACUGUAGUCGGUGCGACGCAGGGAUUCAACCCUGAGGCAGCGACCUCGAAAGACAUUGCCAAGUUCUACUCUGGCGGAGGCUUUUCUUACUACUUUGCGCGGCCAAAGUACCAGGACAAUGUGGUUCCUCAGUAUAUCAAGGACGUGAUGGGCAACCAGUACGCGCACCUGUACAACCAAAGCGGGCGGGCGUACCCCGAUAUUUCUGCCCAAGGCUCGCGCUACUCUAUUGCACUGAAUAAUAGUAUGACGACCGAGUCGGGCACGAGUGCAUCCACACCCCUUGUCGCGUCCAUUUUCUCGCUCCUAAACGAUGCACGUUUUGCAAAAGGAAAGCCAUCCCUAGGCUUUGUGAACCCACUCUUGUACAAGCGGCUUAGCCAGAGCAACGCGUUUAACGACGUGACCGAAGGCUCCGCAACAGGAUGCGGGAACAAGACUGGUUUCAAGGCCGCGCCAGGCUGGGACGCCGUCACGGGCUUUGGCACGCCUCGUUUCAAAAUGCUUUUGCGUAAUGUGGUGGAUUUGUGA